AUGGCGACGAACGGCACCAAGACGGAGGGACAGGUCACGGAAAUGAACGACGUGGUGGCCACGAACAACGACAGGCCCGAGUCCCUGGAGGUGCAGGCCGCCGCCGGCGGGCAGCAGGCACCAGGACUGCCCGAAAGAGAAACGUGGGGAGGGAGGUUUGAUUUCCUCCUGUCGUGUGUGGGUUACGCAAUUGGACUGGGCAACGUGUGGAGAUUCCCUUAUCUCUGUGGAAAGAACGGUGGAGGAGCCUUCUUGAUCCCCUAUUUUUUGACUCUCAUAUUUGCUGGGAUGCCCUUGUUCCUACUGGAGACCUCCCUUGGUCAAUACACCUCCAUUGGAGGGCUUGGUGUGUGGAAACUGGCUCCUAUGUUUAAAGGUGUGGGCCUCGCCGCAGCGGUCCUGUCCUUCUGGCUUAACAUUUACUACAUUGUAAUCAUUUCUUGGGCCAUUUACUACCUGUACAACUCCUUCACCACUGAACUUCCGUGGAGCUCGUGUAACAACGUGUGGAACACAGAGAAAUGUUACACGAACCACUCCAUCGCAGACACCACCAACCUCACCAGUUCAGUGGUGGAGUUCUGGGAGCGCAACAUGCACGAAAUGACCGAUGGCUUGGAAAAACCGGGCACGAUUCGACUGCCACUGGCAAUAACACUGGCCGUCGCCUGGGUCCUGGUGUACUUCUGUAUCUGGAAAGGGGUUGGCUGGACGGGGAAGGUCGUUUACUUCUCAGCCACGUAUCCCUACUUCAUGCUGUUUAUUCUCUUCAUCCGCGGGGUGACUCUACCUGGAGCGAUAGAUGGAAUUCUGUUCUACAUCACCCCUGACUUUCAGAAACUCAAAGAAUCGGAGGUAUGGCUGGAUGCAGCUACCCAGAUCUUUUUUUCCUACGGAUUGGGAUUGGGGUCACUUAUAGCUCUGGGCAGCUAUAACCCUUUCAAUAACAACGUGUACAAAGACUCCAUUAUCGUGUGCUGCAUCAACUCGUGCACCAGCAUGUUUGCCGGCUUUGUAAUCUUCUCCAUCGUCGGCUUCAUGUCACACGUGACGAAGAGACCCAUCGCCGACGUGGCAGCUUCAGGUCCUGGCUUAGCUUUCCUGGCCUACCCGGAGGCUGUAACCCAGUUGCCCGUGUCUCCUCUCUGGGCCAUUCUGUUCUUCUCCAUGCUGCUCAUGCUGGGGAUAGACAGCCAGUUCUGCACCGUCGAAGGCUUCAUCACCGCGCUGGUGGACGAGUUUCCCAAAGUUCUCAGGGGCAGACGAGAGAUCUUCAUCGCGGUCGUCUGUCUGGUGUCGUAUGUGAUCGGACUUUCAAACAUCACGCAGGGUGGAAUCUAUGUGUUCAAGCUGUUUGACUACUACUCUGCCAGUGGCAUGUGUCUGCUGUUCUUGGUCUUCUUCGAAUGCAUCUCCAUAUCCUGGUUCUACGGUGUGGACAAGUUCUACGACAACAUCCAGGAGAUGAUUGGCUACAGGCCCUGUAUAUGGUGGAAGAUGUGCUGGGUCGUGUUCACCCCGCUCAUCGUCGGCGGGGUGUUCUUGUUCAGCGCCAUACAAAUGGUGCCUCUCAAAAUGGGAGACUAUGUGUUCCCGGCCUGGGGUCAGGGAGUGGGCUGGCUCAUGGCGAUGUCCUCCAUGAUUCUCAUACCGGGAUACAUGAUCUACAUGUAUCUGGGACUCAAGGGCACGUACAAAGAGCGACUUCGGAUCAUGCUUAGGCCUCCGGCGGUCGUCAGGCGACCUCUGGAGAACGGACCCGAGCAGCAGGCGGAGACCAACGCGGCGAAACUAUCCAGCCCCGCAGAUACCGCUAGCCCCGCCAACCCGGCGCCCGCCAACCCCGCCAGCCCGGCUCCUGUCAUCGCCAUCAGCCCCGUGACCCCCGCUAACCAAGCUCCUCCGCCAGCUAAUCCAGUCGCCGCCACUGCUACCGCCGCCGUUAGCGCCGUUAGCGCCGUUAGCGCUGUUAGCGCCGUUAGCCCAGUGAUCCAGGCAACUAGUCCUACCACCAACAUCACCGUCACCACCACCACCACCACCACGGCCAGUCCGGCUAACCCCGCCGCUACAACUGUUAGCCCGACCAGCCCACCACCCAACCCAGUGAGCCCAACGGCGCCCGUGAACCCCCCGAACCCAACCAGCCCGACCUCUAACCUGACCAAUGCCGAGGCCAACGUGUAG